AUGGGCCGUGUGUGUUGUGGCUGCGGCUGCAACCUCCCUCGGUCAUCGUUCAAAGAGAACGAAUACUCCAAGGGUCGUGGCAGCUCGCGCUGUAUAGAAUGCGCCCAACGUCACCAUUCUUAUACCGUGUCGGUAGUUGAAUCAAGCAGUGGCACUUUCCGAUGGGUGGCCAAGGGGAAAUAUCUUUCAGGGCCUCGCAAGGGUCAACGCUGCGUCGCAAAAUGGUUCAAGAAUGGCGCGGUAUUCUCCGAUGACUUUUUCUGUCUUGAUAUCAAGGCUGUUGACAAGGUUUUGGAGAUAGUUGAUCGAUUCAACCAGCUACAUAUAAUCAACAAAGUCAUCAAAAUCAACAUGCCCGCCGUUUGGCGCUUUGACGACGACUGCGAGGAAGACUGGGCUGGGCAAAUGGCUCUAUGUGAACCGUACAUACACAAUUACCAAAAGUGGAACAGCAACAAUGGAUGGCAUGACGAUUCUACGGAGUGGGGGAAAGUUAUGCAAGCCAUUAGUCAUUUCAGCUACCACACCUCUAGUGGAUACUAUGUUCUCUGUGAUCUCCAAGGUGGCAUCCAUCAACAUGAGGUUAUCCUCUCCGACCCUGUCAUCCUAUCCCAAAACCGUCGGUAUGGCAUCACCGAUCUUGGCCUUGAGGGCAUGGGCACCUUUUUCAGCAAGCAUACAUGCAACGAAUUCUGUCGACCAAACUGGACCAAGCCAGAUGAUCGGUUUCAACUCUUGCAUUCAGUGCCUGGUACAACCAUUAUGGACCUAAAGUGGUAA